AUGUCUCCGAACACACCGCAAGAAGCGGACGUAGCGGCGGUUCCUGCGGGUGAUAAAGCCGUCAAGAGCAUCCUUAUCUACAUGGCAAUGGCGGCUGAGGCGGCGCCGCUGGUGAACAGCCUCGAUCUGCAGCUGAAGGAGCACGACUCUUUCCCCGCAGGGUCCCCCUGGCAGCUGCACUCAGGGUCGCAUGCGGGAGUGAGCAUCCACCUCGUCACACCUGGCAAGGACAGGACUCUAGGGGUGGAUAACGUGGGUACGGUGCCAGCAGCCGUGGCCGUGUACGCAGCAGCAGCCUCUCUGCACCCAGACCUCAUUAUUAAUGCCGGCACUGCUGGCGGCUUCAAGGCCAAGGGAGCAGCCAUUGGCGAUGUGUACUUGGCGUCGCACUUUGCCAACCAUGAUCGUCGCAUCCCCCUUCCAGGCUUCGACGAGUACGGCAUUGGCCUUAUCGAGUCCCCGCAUGCCUCUCGCGUUGCCGCUGCCCUGGGCUUCAAGGUGGGGCGUGUAUCAAGUGGGAACUCGUUGGAUAUGAGUGCAGAGGACGAGAAGCUGAUUGCUAAGAACGACGCCACCGUCAAGGACAUGGAGGCAGCAGCGGUGGCGUGGGUGGCGGCGCUGCUGUCGCUGCCGCUGCUCUCAGUGAAGGCGGUGACAGACAUAGUGGAUGGGGACCGCCCCACCACCGAGGAGUUCCUCGAGAACCUGCACACCGCUGCUGAUGCGCUGCAGCAUGCCGUGCCGAAGCUGGUGGCGCUGGUGGAAGGGAAAAGGCUGGUGGAGUUGGGCGUUGAGGAAGGGGGUGAGGAGGGGGGAGAGGAGGGGGGAGAGGAGGGGGGAGGGGAGGGGGAAGAGGAGGGGGGAGAGGAGUUCCUGGAGAACCUGCACACCGCUGCUGAUGCGCUGCAGCACCCCGUGCCGAAGGUGGUGGUGGCGCUGGUGGAAGGAAAGAGGUUGGUGCAGUUGUGA